CCUCAAGUAGAAUUCAGCGAGUGAGAGCGGUGAGAAGUGAAUCUGUUAUACUGAUAAAGAUUCGUGAGCUCUUUAUUCCUGCAGGAAUGGAACAACAAAGAACAGAGAAUACAUUUACACUAUCUAGUCACCAAGUGAGUGGCUGUACAGACAAUCUGCUGUGCAACUAGCUGAUGCAUGAAUGUCAAGGUGACAUGAUCAGAGUGCACUCUGGUCCCAAUCGCUGUAAGUAGGACAAACAUAAGCUUAUGAAGAGUAAGACAAGAUAAAACAUUACCAUUACAGUAGGCAGUGGUAUAAAUGCAUCACAUAUAAGUGUGUCAUUAUAUUUGGGACAUAAACUAAGAUGUCCUGGUUGCAGUGUGUGAAGUUUGUGGUUUUGUAUUUGUCUGCUGCUCGCACAACAGAAGCGACACGAACACUGACAUUAAAGAGCAAAAGAUUCAUGAUAGGCUAAUAAAUCUUAUAGAAAAUCAUUAUUUCUUAACGCAAGUCAAUUAUUGACUAUUGAAAUCACCUAAAUCAACGUGUUCGCGCUCAGAUCUGUGGUGGACGUGCGUGUAAAAUAUUUGACACUACAGAAUAUAAAAUGAGACUCUGCACAUGCGCACUCGGGAUCGUCUCGUCGUUGCAUCACUGCAUCACUUCCGGGUUUGUCUCGGGACUGUUUACAUCUGGUGUGAAGCUACAUCCAGAUACACGAGCCUUUUACUCACCUGCCUGCACGCACCCGCUCACCUGGAUUGUUCCGCUUCAAAAACGCGCGUGUAGUGAUUUUAUAAUAAAUAAAUAAACAAUAAAAACAUGUCUCCGGCCGCUGCCUUCCACGCGCAGCUCGCCUCCAUCAUGGAGGUGCUGGCCAACACGGCGGUGGCGGAGAUCUGCGAGCUCGUGGACGGCGGGUACUCGGUGCUGCAGCUGGAGAUCUCGCGGAGCCGCAAAGAGAACGAGGUUCUGCGGAGGAAACUGCGCCUCACGGAGCUCCGAGCCGCCCGGGCGAGCGCGCUGCGCGCCGCGGUCACCGCUGCCGCCGACGGCACCGCGCUGCUGCUCGGCCGCAGUCGAGCUCAGCUGCCCGCUCAUCAUCACGCGGGCACCGGGCCGAGCAGGAGCGCGACACCCGGAGGUGAGGCGGCGCGGCCCAGAGUGUCCAACCUGGAGACUCCGCGGAGUGGAGACCCCGAUCCGUCCGCAGACUCCGCACAAGACCUCACGCAGGGGACGCCGGCUGCAGGCGAGUCGACCAGCCUGACGAUCAAAGUGGAGGAAGACGAUGAGUCCUGGUGCCAGUCUGAGCAGCACAAUUUGUGUGGCGUUGACGGACAGACAACUGAGACAGAAGCUGCCCCCCCGCUGACCAAACAGGAAGUAGCUGACGAAGGCGGCGGUUCGUCUCAGUCGUGGGUCAGCGGGGAAGUCGGCUCCACCUCCAUGUCUGUCCAAAAUACCCCGACCGCAGGUCAGAGGUCGGAGAGCAGCAGCUAUGACCGCCUGAUGUACGAGCCAGAACUCCAACUUGGCUCAGUCACUACCCAGAAUCCUUUGAGUACGGAUCCCAGCUGCUCGUACGUGUUGAACACCAGCGUGAGUGUUUCAGCCGCGUCCGAUUCGGCCAGCAGCAGCUUCCCUUUCAGCAUCAGUGAGGCGAGUGUGGCUGCAGAGGAGCAGCAGCAGCAGCCUGCAGGUUUCCACAACAACCAGCAGAGGGCGCCGCUGCCUGCGGACGAGCCGCAGCUUCCUGUGAGCAAAGGCUUGACAGAGAGACUCGACUCCAUCUUCAGAAGGAGGUGGAGGCCUCAGGGCGGCAGCGGUCACAGCAGGGAGGACGGCGAGGGGAAGACGUACGUGUGUCACUUCUGCGGUAAAAGUCUGGCCUGCCUGAAGAACCUGAAGACCCACAUGAGGGUCCACACAGGUGAGAAGCCGUUCGUCUGCCCGCUCUGUGGAAAACGCUUCUCCGACUCCAGCAACCUGAAGCGGCACCAGAGCGUCCACACCGGAGAGAAACGCUACGGCUGCGUGCACUGCGGGAAACGUUUCGCCCAGUCAGGGUCCCUGAAGGUCCACAUGACCGUGCACACGGACUGCAAACAGUUCAGGUGUUCGUACUGCGGCAAAACCUUCAUCUCCGGGAGCCACCUGCGCCGCCACGUCACCGUGCACGCUGGGGAGAAACGAUUCGCUCCCACGUUUCAGUGACAGGUGGAAACAAGAACAAACCGCCCGGCUGAGAACAAUCUGAGCGUUUCCUCUCGAAACUUACUAAAUGACAAAGUAAGAAAAGUCACGUCUUCGACAUCCUGGGGAGUUUAGUUGUAAUCGACCAAAAAGACAAAUGUGCAUUACAGCCGCAGAAGUCUCUCGUUCAGUGCAUGCUGGGGGCUUUGCACCGUUCAAAUAUCAAUAUGAACCAAAGUGUUAUAGAGGGACCUGUCAAAGUGUUAAGAGCUUCUUUCUUUUAGUUUAUAACGAGGAUGGACGACCGUGGGACCUUCCAAAGAAACAUGUACAUAAUGUUAUCCCCUUUCAGUUGUGCCAUGGAUACACCUGUUGGUCAAGAAAGUUGCAGUUUGUUGUAAAAACAGUCGAAAUAAGCGUCAUGGAGACAGGAAGGGGCGGGACUUCACCUCUUGUGUUCACAUGGUGCAUAUUCCUAAAUAAAGUGGUAUUUAAAUCACAUUUUAAAUGUAUAAAAGGUGGAACGUCAACAUGUUGAGUAUUUCUUCUACAGCUGCAUGAAAUCAUUCUUUUUAUUGUUGAUUCUUUUACUUAAUAUAAAAUGUCCAAAUAUUAAAGAAUAUCCAUCACAA